AUGGCGCCGUCAGUGGAUCCUCUCGACAACAUGGAUUCCCUGGAGGAAGUAGCCCACAACGGAGUUCGAACUUUGCCAGUCUCCUUCGCAAUUAAGUUUCACCAUCUAAAAUCCUUGGAACUCAAAUUCAUCCCUGACGUCGCACCAUCUUCUCAUAUCGACCGCGACCUCAAAGCUUGCGGACCAAAGAGAGAUCGCCGCGGAGUGGGCGAUCAUGCUCUCCGCCUUGAGGGCGUUGAAAACACUCGAAUUACCUUCCUUGGCCCCCUCGAGAAUCAGUGGGCGACAUAUGGCCAUCUGGUCAUGAACAAUGCUGACUCUCAAUCGGAACAGGUCUCGCAUCCCUGCUACACGGACCAAUCGACCUUGGAACGUCUACUCGCCUUGCGCACUACACGCUUGGGAUGUAGGAUGGCGUCUGGCAUCAUCACGAAUUUCCCCAGCGUAUUUUCUCAACUCCUGAGUUCUCCUACAUUUCCUUCCACCAUCGAACAGGUGCAGAUGACGAUCGACUGGGUGGAUGGCAUGACAGGGAUGGAGCGGGGGCGAUUCAGCCCUGAGUGGCUCUAUUGGACCGAGCUGGACAACGCGCUAGCCAAUUCUGACGUCCAUCCCACACUGAAUACUGUAGAACUGACGAUUCGGAUGGGAGAUCGGUGGAAUGUGGAGCAAUAG